AUGCCUAUCCAACAAGAUGAAGAUAAAGAUGUAUCUACCAUGAACCAAACCCAGAACCCGAAUCUAGUCACAAACCAAAUCACUUCUAUCCAACAAGAACAAGAAGAUGGAGAUGCAUCACCCCUGAACCAAACCAACAACCCGAAUGCAAUCAUGUCCAACCCAACAGCAGAAGACGAAACAACAUUAACAACAACAGAAAGCCAGAACCAGGUUUCGGAUCUUCCAAAUGAUAUUCUCGCCGAGAUCCUCAAAUUGCUGCCGGCCAAGACUCUGGUUCGGUUCAAGUGCGUGUGCAAGCCAUGGGGCACUCUGCUCACAGAUUCCAUCUUCAUCAAAUCUCAUCUGGAGCGAAACCGAACAAUGUUCCAGUCUGAUCUCAAAACCAACACUCGCCUCAUUCUGGCCAGGUACUGUGACACCCUUUUGUCCACUGUCGACUCUGAAGCCAAGAAUGUCAUGCAAGCAGAGGAGCUCGACUUCCCUCUGCUAAAGAAUCUGCCUUAUUACGUUAAGGGUCACUCUGAUGGGUUGCUUUGCUUGGUUGUCAAUGAUGGAGACGAGGGUAUGCUUGUGGUUUACAACCCUUCUAUCCAGCAGUACAGGAAGCUACCCAACCCUGCGGAUUUUCGAAGCACAAGGGAGGCAAUUGGGAUUGGUUUUGAUGAUAAGAUAAAAGAUUACAAAGUUGUUAGAGUGCCGUCGAACUAUUGCAAGAUGAAGGUGCCUGGUUACAAGCCUAAGGUUGAGGUUUUGGAACUUAAGGCUAAUACUUGGAGGCAGAUUCCAGAUGAGGACAUUCUGCCGUAUUAUGUUGAGCAUAUUUUUCAGUCGACUGAGGUGAAUGGUGGGCUGUAUUGGCUGGUUGAGGAUAACAGAAGGAAUAGUUUAAUUAUGAGGUUUGAUUUGGCUGAGGAGAAGUUCAAGGUGGUUAAGCCGCCGUCGGAGGAGUUUAAAAGGAAUGUAUCGUGGAUAGGACCUUUGAAGGAUUUGCUGUGUGUGGUGCACACCAGGAGGUUGAGUGAGGUCCAUGUUUGGGCUACUAAUGAUGACAUGACUUGGAGAAAGAUCAUGACUAGUUCCAAGUUUUCGGAACCUCCAGCAAGUGAUCUGUUUAAGGAUACAUUUCGGUACAUGCCAUUGUGCUACACUGAGAAAGGUGCGGUGCUGAUGAGUGUUAGGGGGGAGAGGUUUCUUACCUUUGAUAACAGGGAGAAUAAGUUUGAGCAUGUUGACAUACUUGACGCCAAGAACUGGCUGCAGGAGACAAUGUACUGCGAGAGCCUUGUUUCGCCUGGUGUUGGAGUGCACCAGACCGAGGCAGCUGCGAGUUCAGGCACCGCUAUCAAUUAUCUUACGGCUGAAGAUGAAGCAGAGGAGGACAAUGAGGAGCAGGCCGAAAAUAGCAGCAGUGUUCUGCGGAUGAUGAGUAGCUUGAAGAGGGAGCUGGCCAACUUGUUGGCUUGUACCGUUGGCCUCGGCAGCAGGCAUGCACAAGGCUGA